UUCUGUAUUUUUAACCAAUUCUUUAAACAGAAAGGGAAGAUGGUUUGAAGAAGUUAAUUUCCACUUUGCUCAUGUCUUAAAUCACAGAAUGCUUUCUCUAAUAUUUCACUUUUGCCCUGUUUCUACAUUGUAUUUAAAAUGAGACAGUAGGUGUGACAUUGUUUCAGUUUCUGUGUUAAGACCGCUCCCCCACUGAAAUGUGAUCUUUUGGACCCAUCCACUCCUCCUCCUAAAAUAACCCCUUUCCCCUACAGCCAACCAAGACCCAGACACAAGAAAUAAGUCAUACAGUACCACAUUAGCACUUACAGUAUAUCACUCUAAAGACAGAGUAGAGCACUGUUGAUGCUGGUGUGCUUGGUGAAUAUGGCAUAUAAUCUCUGAAGGGCUUGGUAAUGAAUCUGAUGAUCUUUGUGACAUUUUUGAUUAACUUGCUGCAGUCUGUCCCGUCUCUCUGCAAAAAAAUCUGUCUUUACUGAUACAGGACUAGGAAAGCGUUUUAAGUGAGCAAAGAUGAUGAUGGUGAGCGAUGACUGUCUGGUGGAGUGUAAGAUUGAUGACAGUGAUGAGGAACAGGUGAUCACUCCUCCUCCUCCACCAGAAUUUGCAUCGAAAGUUUCAACUCCAGCUCCAAAAGACCCAACUCCUCCUGCGAAUUCUCAGAGUCCCGCUCCAACCCGACCUGUCAACAGAGACCCGCGUGGCAUCAACCAACACCUUAAGGUGGAGGUCAGUGAUGUUCUGGCUGAACCUGCCACUCCUCAUAGCAUAAGUGGUGUGUGGACUUACAGUCUGGUUGGCUUUGAGAGGACUCGCAUCUGGACCUAUCGCUGCCUCUCCUUGCUGUUUGCUGUGCCUCUUGCUUUCCUGUGCGGACUCUUCCUUGCCAUCCUCGCCUGCCUACGCGUCUGGUUCCUGGUUCCCUGCAUACAGCUGAGCAACACCUUCCUGCCCUGCUUGAGCUCCUUGUUUAUAUGUGCUGUGAACGUCUUCAUCUCCCCCUUCUGUAUGUCUCUGGCGCUCUGCUGCACUCAGAUCUCCAUCUCACUGUCCAACAAAGAUUUGGAUCGAAAGAGAGACAAAGACAUUGUGUGAAUGUAAAGAAAAAACAAGGAAUCUUGAUUGAGAAAGUGUGCGAAUGGGAAGUAGAGUGCUUUUAUUUAAAUGCACAUGUUUUUUUUUUUAUUUUAAGUUUUAAAAUGUUUGCAGUUAU